GUAGGAGAGCGCCGCUCGUGGCAACGCCACGUCUUUUGCGGCGGCUGUAAAAGCAUUAGUUGGGCCUUGGGCCGGCUCCCGGCGACCAUGGCCUUUACGCUGUACUCGCUGCUGCAGGCGGCCCUGCUCUGCGUCAAUGCCAUCGCCGUGCUGCACGAGGAGCGCUUUCUCAAGAACAUUGGUUGGGGAACAGACCAGGGAAUUGGCGGAUUCGGAGAGGAGCCAGGAAUUAAAUCUCAGCUAAUGAACCUUAUCCGAUCUGUAAGAACCGUGAUGAGAGUGCCAUUGAUAAUAGUAAACUCAGUCGUAAUUAUAUUACUUUUACUAUUUGGUUAAAGAUCAUUGCGGGAAAUGGAGACUGAGAAGAACAGAUGUCAGCAGAAGUUAUUACUUCGAUCCCUUUUGAAAUAUGCAUAUCCUAGCUGGCUGUCGUUGGACUUGACAAAAAUAUAAACCUGACAAUAAAACCAGAGACCCUAUUUAUCUGAUUUUUUAAAAUGUCAUACUUAGAGUUUAAUUACGAAAAGAUCAGAUCAUCAGAGGCGGUAACUAUCCAGGAUUGGAAUACAUUAGAUUGCUGACUGUUAAUAAAAGUUCAUGGUAUGGUAAAGAUUGUUAAAAGGGUACAGGACUGUCAUUUCUGUGUUUUUAGAGCUUUUUCUCUCUCUUCUCAGGGAUGAAUUUUUUUUCCAAGUUUUGAAAUUCCUUGUAACUUAGCUAUAUGUGAGUGAUUAUCCUCCUAGAUAAAAUUUAAAGGAUAUUUUUAAAGUAAUUACAUAUAAAAUGGUAAGUAGGUAAUUUGGAUAAUUUUAUUUUGAACUCUUUGGAUAGCUUGUCUGUAUUAUUGUCUUGGCUAUGAAAAAAUUCCAAUUUACAGUAACUGUGGAGGAGCAGUACUCUCUGAUUUCAGGGAGAAUUCUGAAUUUGUAAGUCAGAUAGUCACAUGAUGAUUCUGUUUUUGUUUUAAGUUCUUUUCAUGAAUUUGUUAUUUUACUAAUUGGCCUGAAUGAUGAGACCUGCAAGAUCAAUCCUAAACAGUCACAAUUAAACUAAGACGACUUUAUUGUGAAGCAUUUACCUCUCCCAAAAUUAUCACAUGUUGUAAUUUCUUGGAGUAGCACAUUAAGGGGUGUGAUUCUGAAUUCUUCAUUCUGUCUGUCAGUAGGGCAUUCAUGCUGGAUAAGUUGAUUUUUGCUUUGUUUUUAUGUUUUAGACCAUCCCAUAUUUGCUCAUCCCAUAAUACAGGUUUUUUUUGCAGAAAGAUUAAAACUAUAAAUGGUUUUUCUGGAAAUUGUCAGUUAUAUUUUAAAGGGGGGUGGAAUGGCAUCUUUGUUUAUAGGAGAACAUUUGUAAAUAAAGUUAAUUUUUCAAGUCAAUCACUUGUUUUUUGUACCUUAGUAUAUACCUGUCAGUGUUAAUGAAUUAUCAUUUUGUGUCUAAUACUUCUUAUAUAUAUUCUUUGCUAUAAAAUCACUGAGCACAGAUUUAAUGAAAGUAAACAGUCACAAUCCAUUUUUUCUUCAAUGAAUUGAAUUGCUGGCAUACAUCAAGAAGACUCAUAAGCAACUUUUAUUCUAUGACUUAAAAUAAAAGUUCUACUUCAAAAACUUUGGAGCAGGUAUUGAAUGCCUGUUGGCCAUCCCUGAGUUAGAGAUGGAUUAUCUCUGGGCCACGGGCUUGCAAAUGAACCAAAGAAAUGUACCAGGGAUUCGUAGUUAAUUACUUGGCUCAUGUGGGUAAUAUAUUUGGCACUUACAGGCAGUGCUCUUAACAAAGAGCUGAUGCAUGAGUCUGAGUUUCAGCCACUGAGCAGAUUCAAAAGCAGCAGUUAAUUGAGGGCACUCCCAUUUCUCCACAGCCAUACAGAAUUUCUAACAGGAAGAAAGUGAGACCUUCUCCUGAUGCCAUUUUCAUGUAAGACAUUACAACACACCUUCAUGCUCAUUUAGUGGCAGGAUACUGUUCAAGUUCACACUCCACUGGGGAGCAGUCACAGCAGGGCAGGAUCAGAGUAUUUUGUAGCAGAGCAGUUCCGAGAAAACUGAAGCACUGAACAUCAAAGUAGUUCAUCUCUGGAGGCCACUUACAUUUCUAGCUUUAACGUGCCUGAAAGGAGGUCUUGUGCAAGCUCUCACAGGCUAACCCUGGUUUCCCCAGAGCAGUUGUGAUUUGGUAACCAUAGUAUCGUAUUUUAGUAGAUAGUAACUUAAGUCCCAGUUGCCUGCACACAUCCUCCCUCUUAGCCAUUCUCAGGAUUAACAAUUUGUGAUCCUUCUGGACACCAAAUAUCCAUCAUGGUUGUGGUCCUCUGUAUUCUGACCCUGCAUCUAUAUGCCUGUGACCUGUCAUGGAGGAUCUUGACUAUAAAUAUUAACCAAACUCAUACUCUAAUCCUUAAUCAAGUACACUGGUUUUCAAACUUUGUUAACAGCAGAACCAGAUUCUCAAAGGAGUAAUAAUAGUAAUGUAAUGCUGCAGUAUCUGAAACAGGUAAGAGCAGUUCCAUUUACUUUUAGUUGAAGCAAUGAUGGGGCCCAAAGGCCCACUAUUCAGCCUCCACAUUCCUCUUGUCAAGCUUUCUAAGGUAACUUCCACAAAACCCUAAGUUUUCAAACACAUGGUUAAAAAAUAUGUCCUAAAAUUCCUAGCUUUAGAUAGAGUAGGCAUGGUGAUUUGUGCUCUAUAGGUAUAUGUAAUCAUUUGUGCAUGUAUGUGUAUGUAUUCAUAAAAUGACCUGAAAGUAAUGUAUUUGAGUAAAGAGUAGGAAUGAUAUGUCUAAUAUGCCAAGAAGAACCUUUUUAUCAAAUGACUUGAAUAAACCUCCUAAGACCUCA